UUGACUCAAUAACUCCAUCCUCUCGUCGUCCUUUUAUUCUUUCUUUUCUUGUGGCUUUAUGUUUUGACUCUCUUUGCUCGCUUCUGUUCUCGCAACAUGUUAUUACCCUGAUACUUCUGAAGAUGACCAGGAGACAUGACAACCCGCCUGGAACCAAAUUUCGACCAGAAUUUUGAUGACCUACCCUGCCCUGCGCACAUCGCUCUUGCGACUGCCGUGGUCCGAUCGAAACCACCUCAAUUAUCCAUAGAAGAAUACCUCGAGGGUCUUCGCCUGGCCAUUGUGUCGCGGUCCCACGGACACUCCGUCACAAUUCUUGACUUCGACGCAGAGAUGUACUGGAGAAGCUGCUACCAUAAAGCCGAGGCAGAACGCUUGAAGCUGGUAAAUGAGCUGGAUCGGGUGAGACAAGAGAGAGACUCUCUUGUGGCUGGCGAGGAAGUCCAGCCCUCAAAACAACAGUCUUCUGUUGGCAAACGCAAACGCGAUGCACCGGCGGCCUCGGUGAGAAAAGCUCCGCCAGCAGCCAAACAAAAAAAGACCAACCUGGACCUCGAAAAAGACGACAGUGAAUUGGACAUCGAAAAGCUCAACAUACCUCUCACAGAUCGUCAAUCAUUCCUUCAUGGCUUCAUAUCCCUCCGUCACACCCUGCGUCUAGAGGAACCCAAUCAGAAGGCUCUUGUGUAUGCAAUCAGAGCUGCGGUGGUCCCUGUCUCAAGGAUGCUUCAGAAUGGUCUCGAGCAAGAAGACCGAUCGAUCAAAGACCUCUGUGCAGCCUUUCGGAAUGUCUACCCAUCAAUUUUGAAGGCUCUCCAAUGCAUCCAGCCCCAGAUGGGGCAGGACGGUGAACAAUAUUACCCGGCUCUUUCCGACCUGACCAAGGUGUCCCAAGCCUUCCUAGCGCGACUCCACCAACUCGCUUUGGAUGAAUACAACAGACAAGAGCAAGAAGCCAAACCGAAGAGACGGAGAGCUGCUCCUGGGCAUGAGACCCUGGAUCGUGGCUUUGCACCGACGAGUGAACAAGCCAUCGCCGAGGCUAAGGAGGUUGUUCAGGCGCUGGUGAAGAUAAUAACAAUGCUUGAUGUCUCCUGCGAUGCGCAUUGCGAACUCCUGGAAGGAUACUUGUGCGUCAUCCUAGACCAUGUUGGCUCGUGCUUGUCGCUUCUAGUCUUCACGGACUUGACUGGGACAAGUAAAAAGCAGACAGGUCUGCUUGCACCGCGUGGUUUGUUGGAUGCUAGGCACCUUGACGCCAAGUCUGCAACAGGAAUAGUUGUCAUUGAAGGCCCCUAUCUUAUCUGGAUUCUGCGCAGGGCCGUGGAAUUUUUGCUUGCAAACACGAAACACAUGUCUGAAAAGUCCCAGCUCCUUUUUGCUUUGCAGCAGUCCGACUCGGAAGAUGUUGCUCGGGGCAAAAGUCUUCGGCGACGGAUCGAAGAAACACUCCAAAAUACCCUCCUUCGAGGUGCGUUUGGCGAUGAGGACGAAACAUUCUACAAUUCUCUGAGGCGUGACGAGGGAGACGAGGGAGAAGCAGACUUGACGAAAAUGGUGGAGGAAAUCCGGGAGAAAGAGUGCUCCCCUGAUUGGUUCAUUGGAGAGGUUUGGGAGCACUUGGGCUGGGAUAUCUUAUCUGGGAGGAGGGGUGUUUGAGCAAUUUUGGUAGCCUCUCGAACCGCCUUGUCGGAUAUUUAGGUCUGAUCGGAUGUACGAGAAUGUUGUGGACUUUCAGGCGAAUCUCCUGGCGCCGUCGGACGACACGAUCUCGUCGAAUUGAGGUAGAAUCUCAUAAGUCUAAACCAAGCACUCUG